ACUUUACGAAUGCGUGUUGGGAAAAAAACUGAAAAAAAAAAAAAAAAAAGAAUGCCACCGACAUACAAAAUAGUUUGUGACUGCUCCCUAGUUAAGUGCUCUCAAGGUCGCAUAAUUCGACCGACAAGACACUUCCCUCGCCCGUACAGUGCUCUGACCCGAGUAAGCGAUAGAGAACCAGCUGUUGUGCCAAUCCGCGAGCCAAUUAUGACACUAAAUCUAAAGAUUCCUACACCUAAAGAUCUGCACAUCCCAGCACCCAUUUUGGCAAAAAUUGUAAGCUAUGUUGCACAGGAUGGUGCCAAAGCUUUGAAGAACUGGCUACUCGCAGGCCGUGAAGGGAGAGUAGUAGUACACUCUUUGGAAACGCUAUCUAAGGUGAGGUUGGAUUGGGAUUCCGAUUUUGUGAGAUGGUUUAGGCCUUCGUGUGUGUACUAUGAUUUCUUUAGUUGGUGUUUAUUCGCAAAGAACCCUUACGCCAUGUAUGUUAAAGGCUUAUUUCUCGCUUUUAUAUGCUUUGAUUUGAAAGAGGCAAUUGCAUUGGUGAGUACCAUUAAACAUGUGUACCCAGUAGCUGAGUUGUUGUGGAUAAUGUUGAAGAGCUGCGCAGGGAAUUUAGAUAUGGAUGUGUACUGGAAGUACAAGAAGGAGAUGCGUUUUGGUGAGAUUGAUAAGAUGGCUGACUCCCUCAUGUACCACAUCUACACAAUGGGCCUAAGAGGUGGGGCACUUUUUCUGAUACUUGGCACUUUGAAGAUGUGCCAAUGUGUUGUUUCAAACACGAGAUGCUGCAGGAAUUCAAUGGAGAGAGAUGUAUCGAGUGUAUCUUCUUCUACCUAUCUAGAGAUAUUAUGCUUUUGUCUUAGUAUUUGUGUGGUAAUGUACUGUUUAAAGAUGUUAGUUGUUUGGGAAUUCAAGAACCUAAGAUUGAGAAGAUGUUAUGUGUUUGGUAUCUUCAUCUAAAGUUUGUUUUGAUUUCAAUAAGUAUCCA